AUGGAUUAUGACUUCACGGAUAUUUCGGAUGAGGACCACAAUUAUGUGACGAAGGUUGGAUUCUUUGGUGCCUAGCAAAUAUUGAAUCAAACCCACAUUGAGCAACACUCGAAUUUCAUUGUUUCAUUUCAGGGUGAUAUCGUCUGCCUCUCCUGCGUCGCCUCACACAAUAGAGAUGGAGUACUUGGCUCAGAAAGGUCUGUGCUCACUCACUCAAAAAAAAACACUAAAACAUUCUAUUUGCAGAGUUUGUCUGUGCACCGAGGGCUUCGGUAAUCGGAUGUGCACAUUGGAGAACGUCUCCGACAAAGACAUCCCUCCGGACAUUGCCAUGUGCAUGCUCUACAUUGACAACGCACUGUCGAUGAGAGCACUGCAGGAGAUGAUGUCGGCGGACAGCGAUCAUGUGAGUGAAGGUGCCAAUUAGACGUGUUGACGUACUCUGUUGAUUUCAGAAGUCUGCCUCGGGAGCCGGAGGACACAAAACACUGCUGUACGGACACGCGGUACAACUGAAACACGUGCAGAGUGAGAUGUUCCUGGCAUGUCUCUCGUCGUGCUCCUCCAACGACAAACUCGCAUUCGACGUCGGAGUUCAGGAGACAAAUGAAGGUAGAAAGAAUGUUGUUUAUCAAAAAAAAACAAGAAGUACGAUUUGCAGGAGAAGCGUGCUGGUGGACAAUCCAUCCGGCAUCCAAGCAGAGAUCGGAGGGAGAGAAGGUGCGCGUCGGCGAUGACGUCAUCUUGGUUUCCGUGGCCACUGAAAGAUAUCUGGUUAGUUUUGACUUCGCUCUAACUCCUUCGCAUCACUGAUACUUUAUAGCAUUUACGGAAAAAUAAAAUAGACGAUGUAAGUUUCGGAAUGUCGUAUUUGUGCCAAAAUACACGUCGUACUUCAUAGUAAACCUCUCAUUUUCAGCACAUGGCCUACAGCAAGGGAUACAUGGUGAUCGCCUCCUUUCACCAAACUCUAUGGAACAUUCAGUCAGUCAGCUCAGGAAGCAUGAGAACUCGUAAUAUGGGUAAGUCUCCUCUUUUCGUACUCUUCUUCAAUUUGCCCUUCUAGGAUUCCUCUUCGGAAACGACGUUCUCCGGUUGUUCCACGGAAAUGACGAAUGUCUGACUAUCCCAGAAAACUGGAGCGAACAUCCCCAACACAAGUGAGUCGGAGCAAAUGAAUCAAAAAAAGAUUGAUGAUGAUGUUGCAGCAUGGUUAUUUAUGAGGGAGGCGCCGCUGUGACUCAGGCCAGAUCACUUUGGCGAGUGGAGCUGGUGCGAAUGAAGUGGCACGGCGCACUGGUCGGAUGGGAACAAGUGUUCCGAAUCAAGCACAUCACUUCGGGACGGUACCUCGGAGUGCUCGACAAUGCAGUGCAAUUGUACCACAAGGAGAAGGCCGACUUCGAACUUACGGCCUUUGUGAUGUGUCAGAACAAAGAUCCGAAGAAGCAAAUGUUGGAUGAGAAAGAGGAGGAGGGAAUGGGCAACGCAACCAUCAGAUACGGAGAGACGAAUGCGUUCAUCCAGCACGUGAAGACUCAACUCUGGCUCUCUUAUCAGACUUCCGAAGUGACGAAGAAGGGACUCGGAAAAGUUGAAGAGAAGAAAGCGGUGGCAUUGAAGGACGGACACAUGGACGACUGCUACACAUUCUUCAUGGCGCUCGAGGAAGAGUCGAAAUCUGCGAGAGUCAUCAGAAAGUGCUCUUCGGUGCUGAACAAGUUCUUGAAGGGAAUAGAUGCGUUGCAAUUGGAAGGCAAUCAGUCGGCAGACUGGGCAAGAGUCGAUCUCAACGAAGUGCUCAAGUUGAUGGAGGAUCUCAUCGAGUACUUUGCCCAACCGAACGAGGAGCAGGACUUUGAGGAGAAGCAGAACCAUCUGAGAGCUCUUCGCAGUCGACAGGACUUGUUCCAAGAAGAAGGAGUCCUCAACAUGAUCCUCGAUACCAUCGAUAAGUUCUCUCAAAUGGAGGCGCUCCCCGACUUUGCCGGUUUGAUUGGUGAAGAGACUCACGUCAAAUGGGAGCAGAUCUCAACGUAUUUGUACCUCCUCGUUGCCGCCAUGAUCAAGGGCAACCACUACAAUUGUGCUCAGUUCGCUUCUGCUCAGAGACUCGAUUGGCUUUUCGGCCGAUUGAGUAACCCGCAGUCUGCUGAGGGAAUCCUCGAUGUACUCUAUUGCGUGCUGACUGAAUCCCCGGAAGCUUUGAAUAUGAUCAACGAAGGACAUAUUCGAUCGGUCAUUUCACUGCUGGAGAAGGUCGGAAGAGAUCCGAAAGUCCUGGAUGUGUUGUCCUCUCUUUGCGAAGGAAACGGAAUGGCCGUUAGGAGUUCGCAAAACCUCAUCACGCAGUAUCUGCUGCCAGGCAAGGAUCUCCUUCUGCAGACGUCAAUGAGGGACCACGUGUCGAGUAUGAUGCCCAAUGUGAUGCUCGGAGUGGUCGAAGGAUCCGCUCUCUUCAGAAAGUGGUACUUCGAGGCGGAAGUCGAACACAUCGAGACGAUGACAAAACAGACACCGUACCUGAGGAUAGGAUGGGCGAAUAGUGUCGGAUUCAAGCCGUUCCCGGGAUCUGGAGACAAAUGGGGAUGCAAUGGAGUUGGCGACGACUUCUAUUCAUAUGGAUUCGACGGAAAGUCCAUGUUCUUUGGAGGCAAAUCGAGAGUUGUCGGGCACAAGCUUCUGGAGAAAGGAGCUGUCAUCGGGUGCUCAAUUGAUCUGACGAUUCCGGAGAUUCGGUUCAGCGUGAACGGAACCUACAUGAGUGGAUCAUUCAAACAGUUCAACACCGACGGAUACUUCUUCCCAGUGAUGUCGCUCUCUGCGAAAGUGUCCUGCCGAUUCAUUCUCGGAGGAAACCAAGGAAGACUGCGGUAUGGCCCGCCAGCUGGAUUCUCCGCUGUCGUGGAAGCAAUCAACGGAGAGCUGGCAAUCACGGACUGUCUUUCUUUCGGAGACCUUUCCAAGAACAUCUAUUGUGGUCCUCAGACGAUUUUCAACAAUCUUGAGCCGUUCAUUCCAACUCCCGUCGACGUUGGCGCCACUCAAUUGACGCACCAUGCAAAUGAAAAACGCAGCAGUUCGCUGAGAACCUCCACGAACUCUGGGCGAUGCGGAAAAUCGAAUUAGGAUGGUCAUACGGAGAGACUCGUUCGGAGACUUCAAGAAACAUCCAUGUUAACAAAGUUCGAUUUGCUCCCGGAGACCGAGAAAAAGUACAACUUGAAUUUGGCAGUGAAUACAAUGAAGACCAUCGAGGCUCUCGGUUACCAUCUGAUCAAUGACGAUCCGCCGUGCAGACUGAGAGCAGUGCGACUGGCUCCGAGCUAUCAACAGCCGAACGGAUACAAACCGGGACCGCUGGACACUCACGAGAUCCAGCUUCCGGCCGAAUUGCAGCCACUGAUUGAGGCAUUGGCCAGAAAUACUCACAAUGUGUGGGCAAAAGAGAAGAUCAAGAGAGGAUGGACGUUCGGACUGAACGAGAAUCCGGACAUCACGCAGAAAAGGUCUCCGCAUCUCGUGCCCUACGAACAAGUGGAUGAUGAGAUAAAAAAAGCGAAUCGGGCGUCUGCCUCUGAAAACAUCAAGGCUCUGCAGCUGUUCGGAAUCUUUCUGGAGCCUCCGGCACACGAGCACGACGAAGUGGCGGAGAAGGAGCUGAGAGCACGGAGAGACAACACGCGGACGUACAGAGCAGAGAACACUUACGCAGUCACCGGAGGAAAAUGGUACUUUGAGUUUGAGAUUUUGACCGCGGGAUACAUGAAAAUCGGAUGGAUGGACAUUGGAUCGACUCCCGAAAUUCAGUUGGGCGCCGAUGAUCGCAGUUAUGCAUUCGAUGGAUACCUGGGAAGGAAAUGGCACCAAGGAGCGGAGAUAUACGGAAAAGAAUGGAAAAUCGGAGAUGUCGUCGGAUGCUUCCUCGAUCUCAAUGACCGUACCAUCAGUUUCUCUCUAAACGGAGAACUGCUUCUGGACCCUUCCGGAUCCGAAAUGGCAUUCGAUAACGUCGUCUGUGGAGACGGACUCGUGCCGGCAAUGACCCUCGGAAGUGGUCAGAGAGGAAGACUCAACCUCGGACAGCAGUCGAACUCACUCAAGUUCUUCACGACUUGCGGAUUGCAGGAGGGUUAUGAGCCCUUUUGUGUCAACAUGUACAGGACGAUGGUGAUGUGGUUUGCGAAGCAAUUGCCAAGAUUCGAGGACAUUUCUGCGCUGAAAUCCGGAUCAAUUCUCGAAGUUUCAAGGAUCCCAGCAACUGGAAACAGUCCGCCGUGCCUCAAAAUUUUGCAAAAAGUGACGAUUUCUGAAGGAGGACCAUCCGAAAAAGCAAAGAUGGAAUACAUAAGAUUGUCUCUUCCGGUGAAGUGCAACGAAACGUUCCUGAAAAAUAAGUUAGUUUCACUUUUCUGACUAUUUUCUAUCGAUUUCUAAUUUUCAGAGACAAAGAAGGACUCCGUCGUCAGCUGCAAGAGUACAAACCGCGUUCUCAGUCGGUCGUCAGCCAGAUCCGUGCUCCGGGAAUUCCGAAAGAAUUCGAUGACAACAAAGAAAAGAAGGGUUUCCUUCGGAGUAUGCUCGGAUCGAAGGAUUCUCACGAAUCGGACGACGACCGCCGAUCGCGGACCGCCUCGAAACAGCCGAGUAUCGAAGGCGACGAGCCCCCGGCAGUCAGGUCAGUUUUCCGUUUUCUUUUCCAGAGCUAGUGAAGUUUUUUGACGAGUGGAGUUUUCAUUUUUGACUAAUACACCAUUGACUUCUUCUCUAACUCGUGACUCCUCCCUUCUCUCCGCUGACCUGAUAGUAUCCCUGCGUUCCACUGUUUUUCUGUAUUGUAUUUCAGUUCAGAAUCCUCCCUUUUCUUUUCUGAAACCCUUCUCGAGUCGAAUCCAAACCAAUUCUAUCGCUUCAUUUUCCCUCCCCACAAAACCGCGUUUCGUUCGAUGAUGAUAAAAUAGGUGUUGCAGUCAACGUCGGCGUGUUCUAACCCUAAUGAACUUUGGUAUGUAUUCGUUCGACGAAUCGAUUCUGACGUGGUUGCACGUCAACGACGAGGACCAUCACAAGUUGAAGGACGUGUUGAGGUGUUUGAAUGUGCCGAGAAUGUCUGUCGCCAGUAUCACACCACUUACACGUUUUUGCAUGUCUCGUUCGCACGCACUCACUCUACUAAUUUCUGAAAGUAGAACUUGAAACCCAUGCUUCUCCGCUUUCUGUACUUUGAGCGCACCUGAUUCAGAGAAACCCUUGACGUUAGGUAGAGAACAAUUCCAUUUUCAGACGGAGCCUUCUGGAAUUGCCGCAUGAAGAGAGGCAGAUGGCCGAGGACCACAUCAGAGAUAUGUCGGACCGAAGUGCAGAGAAACCGAAGAAGGGCGGACUUUUGAGCAGACUGAGGGAUUCGAGCAACACGCGCAAGAAGUAAUUCCAUCGAAAGUCGCGUUGCCUAUCUGAAAGAGUGCUCAGUUUCAGAGACAGCGACAAACGGCGGGAAGACAAGGCGGCGGCGAUGCGGCAAAUGAAGAGCAACUCGCGGAGCUUCGACGCCGGAAGCCUCGAUACGUCACAUCUUCCGACUGGUCAGAAGGAUGUACUGGGUGAGUAACUGGGAAGGGUUCGAUUGAGGGGUAGAUCACACGGUUCACGAUUGCGUUCCUUCAUGCACACAGCAGUAGUAGUCGGUAGUAGUCACCCUAUUCAGAGACACAUGAGUCUGAUCCAAUUUGGGUGCUCCGUGAGCAGGACCGCGAGGAAGACACAGAGUCCGGUGAGCAGAACGAACGCGGCAUCCAUCAACUCAUUCUCCUUUCCCUUCUUUUCUCUUCCCUCUCUUUCUCUAUAGCAUGAGACUCGAACUUCGCAGUUAUUCUUUCCCGAAACCUAAUCUCUAAUAGCGAAAGCAUCAGAAUAGACUAUGAAUUUGAGACACGAAUGAUUUCUUUCAGCCUCCAGCGAGAUGCCUCUAUCCGGACCAGGACGGCAGUUGACGAUCAAGAGAGGAUCCAUCAAAAAGGGAAAGAAGGGAAAGAAGGUGAUGAAGUCGGUUCGGUGUAUUACGAGAUUGAACUCCAUUUUAGGCUGAGAUUGUUGCAAUCGAGAAAAGCGAAAGAGAAAAGAAGGGGUCGAUCAUUCCAAUCGAAGCUCAACUUGAUGUGCUCCAAGAAGGAGAUGCUCAUGCUUUGGUCGCUUUGAAGGAAAAAGUGGACGAGUAUUAUUAUGGCAUCCGAAUCUUCCCUGGACAAGAUCCGUCGCAAGUGUGGGUUGGAUGGGUUACCACCCAGUAUCACUACUACAACACGAACUUCGAUGGAAGUCAAGGAGUCAGAAAGUGCAGAUUCUCGGAAGCCGACCAUCACGGAACCACGGUGGACAGUGUUCAGUCUCAGAACUGCUACAUGGUCAACGUGUCGGAACUGCUGGCCACAACUCCAGACGUUGCGAACACCAAAGUGUCUGGAACACUGAUUGGCUGCAUCAUCGACACGUCAAUCGGAGAGCUCAGCUUCCAAGUCGGAUCAACAGACACUGGAAUCAAGUUCAAGCUGGAGCCGGGAGCAAUGCUCUUCCCGGCCGCGUUUGUCACCCCCACCGCCACCGAGAUUCUCCAGUUCGAGUUGGGACGCAUCAAAUACACUUUUCCACUGUCCGCAGCCAUGUUCAAAUCCUGUGAGAAGUCUCUGAUCCCAUUCUGUCCUCCUCGUUUGACAGUCGAGCAGAUCGAACCAGUCUACUGGGCUCGCGUGCCUAACGAAACACUCCGGACGACGGCGUUGAAGCUCUCUGAAGUGCGAGGUAUGUUUGUAAACGUCAAGUGCUUCUGCUCCAUGCCAGGCUCGACUGGCGACCUUGGCAUCACCUAUAAACUAUAAGUAACACGCGCUAAUCGACUGCGCAACACAGAUAAAAAACACCGUGAAGAAACCGUGGAGGUGCAUGCACAUUGCAUCCAUUAUGGAUCCACAGCGCACCGAAACGAGAAAAUGCUUCGCGCGUGCAUGAAAUUGAAAAUUGGCAUGGACCCUUGACGGUCACGGGUACGCGGCAAUUUUUAAAAAUUGGCAUGGACCCUUGACGGUCACGGGUACGCGGCAAUUUUUAAAAAUUGGCAUGGACCCUUGACGGUCACGGGUACGCGGCAAUUUUUAAAAAUUGGCAUGGACCCUUGACGGUCACGGGUACGCGGCAAUUUUUAAAAAUUGGCAUGGACCCUUGACGGUCACGGGUACGCGGCAAUUUUUAAAAAUUGGCAUGGACCCCUUGACGGUCACUGGUCAUGGGACUACUCACUGCAAUGGGCUAAUCUUAUUAGCUAGAGAAACUGUGAGAUACAUGGCGCCAAUAGACGCAGAGAGACAGGGGGAAACAUCGGAAACGCAGAGAAUUGAGAGGCAGUGCCGAAACGACUAAAAUGAAUUGCAGGAUGGUCGGUUCUGUGCAACGAUCCGGUUCGGAUCAUGAGUGUCUACAUCCCUGAAAAGGAUCAGUCCUUUGACAUUCUGGAGAUGAUCGAGAUGCCGGACAUGCUGGAAUUCCAUCAACAGACCCUCAACCUCUACUGUAAACUUGCAAGUCAUGGAAAUCACAAAGUAGCUCACACCUUGUGCCAGCAUGUGGAUGAAGAUCAAAUUAUGUAUGCCAUCAAGUCACACUGUAAGUUUGAUAAUGUUUUCUUGCAUUUAAAUACACACUGUUUUCAAGAUCUGUCUGGUCAAAUGCGUCAAGGAUUCCACGACCUUCUGAUUGGUCUUCAUCUGAUGAGUCACACGGCGGCUCGCAACAGCAUGGCCAAGGAAUACGUCAUUCCACUGGUCCCUCAGCUGCAAAUCAAGAACGUUCUCGAUCCGGAUACUGAGACACGGUAGGCGAAAACGGCAGGAACCGAACAAUCGGUCACGUUUCAGAUACCCUCAAAUCACUGGAGAAUCUGUUUCGAUGCUGUCCCAAAUGGACCACGAGCCUGUGAAGAAACACGUGAGCAGAGAAGACGAAAUGAAAUUGCUGCCUCCGUCGGUCGACUUCGAGGCACUCAAGAAACACGUCAUGGAUUCGUUAAAGUCGGCGACGCACCACGCAGUUAUGAACUGCCGAGAUCUGAUCGGAGGGGACAACACGUACCAUUUUGAGCCACUUUUCAAGCUGUUCGAUCAACUGCUGGUCAUCGGACUUAUUAACGAUGAAGAACUGGAAUGUCUUUUGAAACUGAUCCAUCCACAGGCGUUCGAUGAAACCUACGAGAACGGAACGAUACAGAAAGGAUUGACCCAGCUAGAGCUUUCGGAACCCGUGAAACUGCAAUUAGUGAAUAUUCUGGACCAUCUUUGCGAUAUUCAACUCCGUUAUCGAAUUGAAUCUCUUGUCGCGUUUACGGAAGGAUUCGUGGGAGAACUUCAAUCUGAUCAGUGCAAGAGAUACAUGGAGAUUAAGCAGACAGACAUGCCGCCCGCCGAAGCAGCCAAAAAGACGAAAGAGUUCAGAUGCCUCCGAAAGAACAGAUGUUCCGAUUGUUGAUGUGCAAAGUGAAAGAGGAGAGAGAUCCUGAGCUCAUGGAGGAAGAUGCCGAUGUGGAUCAGUGUCCAAUGGCCGAGACUCUUCAACAACAGUUGAGAGACUUCUGCGAGUUGUUGGUUGGAAAGAUUGGAAACGCAAAGGAAGAGAGCCCGGAGGAUCAGCUGGCACUGAUUGAGUCGGAAGAAGGGUCCUGGGUGGAUUCGUUCGCGAGACUCGUCGUGAAGGUUCCGCCUCCAUUGCAAGAAGAAGACGGAGAAAUGCAAAGAAAAGGAACUCAGAACUUCAGACAAAUAAUCGUAAACAUGCUGAGGGAUUGGGCUCAAGCAGAGUUCAUCGAAAGCAAAGAACUGAUCCGCAGUAUGUUCAAGCUGCUGCUCCGUCAAUAUUCCGGAAUUCGGGAGAUCAGAGAUGCUAUGUCACAGGCUUACGUAUUCCACGAAAGAAACGAGUUAGAUGUGAAGGAUUUCAUUGUUUACCUCAUCCAAAUCAGAGAACUUCUGACCGUCCAAUUCGAGCAUACGGAGGAAGCGAUUCUGAAGAGAGGACUGUGGAAACUGAUGAACAACCGCAUAUUCUUCCAGCAUCCAGACCUCAUGCGCCUUCUUUCCGUUCAUGAAAAUGUGAUGUCCAUCAUGAUGAACAUUCUGACUGCCCAACAAGGAACUGUGGAGCACGAAGGAGAUGAAGUAAAGGAGAAAGCUCCGAUCAAGGACGCUUCCGAAAUGGUCGUCGCCUGCUCCAGAUUUCUCUGCUACUUCUGUCGUACAUCUAGACAGAAUCAGAAAGCAAUGUUCGAGCACCUUUCCUUCCUUCUCGACAAUGCCACCAUGCUCCUCGCAAGACCUUCCCUCCGCGGAUCCGUUCCACUUGACGUUGCCUACUCGUCUUUCAUGGACAACAACGAAUUGGCUCUUGCUCUGAAGGAAGAAGAACUCGAUAAGGUCGCUGUGUACUUGUCCAGAUGCGGAUUGCAACCAAACUCCGAACUUAUAACCAAGGGGUAUCCGGACAUCGGAUGGGAUCCAGUCGAAGGAGAACGCUACAUUGACUUCCUUCGUUUCUGUGUCUGGAUCAACGGAGAGAACGUCGAGGAGAAUGCGAAUCUCGUUAUCCGAUUGUUGAUCCGAAGACCGGAGUGUCUGGGAGUGGCUCUGAAGGGAGAGGGACAAGGUCUUUUCUCUGCAUUCAAAGAAGCCAUCGCUCUUUCGGAAGACAUCCGCCUUCUGGAGAACGACGCGCAUCCGAUGAUUUUGACUUCCGGUCUUCUUGGAGACAAUCCCUCGUAUCCGUCAAAGGAAGCAGAAGGAGAGGACUACAUUGACUUGGGAGCUGCAACUCUUGACUUCUACUCGAGCUUGGUGGACCUGCUGGCGAAGUGUGCCCCUGAUCCGAUGGCCAUUCAGGUGAGACCAGUUUCUAACUUCGCUAGAGUCACAUUCUCAAUUUCAGGCCGGAAAAGGAGAUUCUCUUCGUGCCCGUGCCAUCCUCCGAUCUCUCAUUUCUCUCGACGAUCUCGGUCAAAUUCUCGCUCUCCGCUUCACGAUUCCCAAUCUCGCGGCUCCAUCGAUUGAAGGUAUUCAAGUGUCCCUGUUGCUUUUGAAUAUUGUCCUUGUUCCGAAAGUGCUAACCCUCACGUCCCAUUGUCCUCCGUUUCAGCCGUACGUCGCGCUAACGCCGUUCAGGCUACUUACACCCAGAAAGCGGCCCUGGCUCACACGUUCGCAAUGGUCGCCUCUCUGGCUUCCGACAUGACGAGCACUCGCCGAUCUCAGACUUUCACCUCCGGCACCAACCUUGCAAUGAGAGGGUUCGAAUUAAUCUCCACGUGUUCCAAACUAACCUUUUCCAAUCCAUUUUAGACUUCCUUGUGUAGAAGAAGUGGACACCGAUGAAUCGAAAUCUUCCGAUUAUGCCUCCGUUCACACCUCAUUCUCCAGCGGAAACGAACUGUUUGCACCCAAAACAGACAAGGAGAAAGCGGAAUUGCAACUGCUGAACGAGAAGAAGUACCCGAUCGUUCAGCGGAGAAGAUCCAGCAGAUAUAACCCGAGUGACAGUGAGAAACAUUCCCAUCGUGUUGCUUGUUUUGUGUUGAUUGGAUGUUGAACCCCUCGUUUUCCACAAUAACUAUUCUCAUUCAGACACCGGACCACUUCCUGGUCUUCUUCCGAAUCACAAGGGAUCAGUUCUUCUCUUCCUGGACCGAGUAUAUGGAAUUGACCAACAAGACAUGCUCUUCCACUUCCUCGAGCAAUCUUUCUGCCCGAUCUUCGUGCCGCCACAAUGA